CGUGACUCUAAUGGCUGUCCCUUCAUCAUUAAAUCAUCGCUUCAUUCCCAUGCCGAGCGAAGAUUCACUGUAUGGCUCACAAUGGCAUCCGCCAGCAAUAGAUUCGCACAUUGAAGAAAUAGAAAAAAGGUUAUCCGAUACGCUGGGCCGCUUGAAACGUUACCAUCAACAAACCAAGGCUUCAUUCUUACCCAUUCAGCAACCCGCCCACGAUGCCGUCACUAAAUUACAAGAUGCUCAACAAAGGCUUCAAGCUGACAUUGAUCACUACGCACGACUGAUCGAUCGUAGAAAUCAAGAGAUACCCGAGAAAGAAGCAGCGAUCCAGGCUCUGUCAAGCCGGGUUGAUCAACAACAAGCUCGUCAUGCAAACAAUAUGGCCACCCAAACACAAUUGAAAAACCAAGUCAAUACGUGGUUACAAAGAAAGAAUAGCCACAUCAAAGAACUUUUGGAGCAACAGCAAGAAAUCGCAGGCUACAAUAGUAUGAGUUUGGAUGAGCUUGCAAGCUACGAAAAGUACCUGCAGUUUAGUAUCGUCACGGAAAAAGAAAAUGAAAUCAAGUUCGAAUUUCGUUCUAUUGAUCUGGAUGAUCCCGAUCGCGUUUGUGUACUUGUCCUGAACAUGUCACAAAGUCCGUACUCCGUUGCUUCAUGCGAUCCACCUCUUGAUCAGUUAUCCGAUAUCAUGGCGGCAUACCAUGGAUCGGAAGACGCGGUUGCCCUAUUUUGCAGCUUAAGGCAAGCAUGGUUACAGCAAAUAGAGCAACAAAAGCUUUAGAUCUCUCUCCCCUGGAUACCAUGCCGCGGUUUUGUCGAAUACCGAUUCAAGAGAUUAGCGUGGGGCUUGACUGAUUAGCACGAAGAUUGACGUCAACAUCAUCACGUUGUUUUUGCAACUAGCCAAACGAUGGCUCUGGUGGGUCUUCCCAUCUUCUGUUGGCCAUGAUACCGGUUUACAACCACAUUUUCAUUUGCAUU